UAAAAGGAGUUGCGCUGCAGACACACGGCGCGGGCGAUCUCCUUUUAUCGUUUCCUUCCGAACACGCUAUGGAAAGCAUGGCGCUAGAUUCUGAAACAAAACCAGUUAGAAUAAACCAACGUAUUUCAAUAUAGAAAUUAGAAACGUACUAUAAUAUGCUUGUUUUAGUGAAUUUAGAUACAGUUUAUUCGAAAAGGUUAAAUUAAAGAAGAUUUAAUAAGGUAGCUUCAAGAGUCUUCGCAGAAGUAGCAAAUUUUACAUGUUCGUCUAGCAACCUUGGGCCACUGUUUACAUCGGAGUCAACAUGGAGGUCGAGAAUAUGGGGGACUGCACGGACACGAAGGAAAAAGUCGAAAUAGCAUGCAUUUUGGCAAGGAUUCUUGCUGCAGAGAGCGAAGCAGACGCCGCAAAGGCAGUCAAAGACCGUAUUAAGCGGCAGUUGCUACUCAACGGGUGUACAUUUUAUGCCUUGGCGCUUCCCACGAGAGUCUGCAACCGAUCGACGUGGGCUUUCAUCCGCCACGAAAAGUGGUUCGAGGAGACUGUGCCUCACCUCGGUGGCCACAACUUCAAGCAGUCGUUUCGAGUGAACCCCUCAACGUUCCGGUUUCUCGUGGAAAGUCUGCGCCAUGUGCUCGAAAAACAAGUUACCAACAUGCGUGACCCGAUCACUGCGGAAAAGCGUGUCGCCAUUGGCCUCUACAAAUUGUGCUCUUCUGCCGAAGAUAGAACUGUGGCAAACCUCUUCGGCGUUGGGCGCUCAUCCGUCAACGUCAUUUACAGAGAGUUUUGCGCAGCUGUUGUCUCUGUGCUCGAAAGUGACUGGAUCAGAAUGAUUACUGAAGAGGAAAUGCCUAGGCACAUCCAAGAGUUCGAAGCCGUGUGCGAUUUCCCUCAAGCUGUCGGUGCCCUUGAUGGCUGCCAUUUCCCUAUUUCGCCUCCAAAGAAGUACGCCACCGACUACUACAACUACAAGGGUUGGCACAGUAUUAUCCUACUAGCAUUGGUCGACCACAAGUAUCGAUUCAGAUACUGCAAUGUCGGUGCCCCAGGACGCUGCCACGACGCACAUGUGUUUGGUGUUUCACGGCUGUCGAAGAUUGUCAACAGUCCCCUUUUCAAAGCACCUGUUGCCGCAGUGGGUACCACAGCAGUCCCACCGAUAAUAUUAUGCGAUCAAGCAUUUCCACUAACCCCAAACCUCAUGAAGCCAUUUGGACACCGAACUGUCAUCAGUGAAGCUGAAAGGAAUUUCAACUGUCAUUUAUCUGGAGCAAGGAGGAUAGUUGAAAACGCAUUCGGAAGGCUAAAGGCCCGGUUCCGUUUCAUUGCGAAAAGAAUGGAGUGUUCUGUUGGCAAUGCCCGUUUGGCUAUACGAGCAUGCUGCGUGCUCAAUAACAUUUGCGAGCACUUCAACGACAGUGUCCACCCACAGUGGUUCAGUGAGGUGCAGCAGUCCAAUGCUACAUUUCCACAGCCAUCACGCAGAACAGAAGCUGAAAUUGGAAAUGCAUCCGCCAUCAGGACAGCACUUGUGGAAUAUUACAAGCGAAGGAACUGAACGCAAGAGUCCCAAGAAUCAGCAACAAUUGUGGAACACCAUGUCAGUUUUUACUAAAAAACUUCA